AUGCACACAUAAAAAAAUUUCUCUAUAUUAUGACUUCAGGUUCAUUCUUCUUUCUCUAGAGCUCUACUUCCCAGCCAAACUAGCCUUACUUGCCCACACAUUCUUCCCAGUAUUUGCCAUUUUAUCUCAGCAUCUUUACAUAGGUUGUCCCUGGGAUCUUCAGGGUUCAGUUUAAAUGUCAACUCCCACAAUAACUGUGUGUCAAUUUCCCCCAUUUAUCACUCUAUCCCCCAAACUAAUUUAUAUUUAUUUUGUAUGUUUUAGGACUUAUUUGCACACAUGCAUACAUGUAGAUAGAUAUAUAUGAUUUCCCCUCAGUAGCAUAUAAAUUCCUCAAGGGCAAGGAUUAUUUUCUCUUUUAUCUUUGUAUUUGUGGUAUCUAGCACAGUGCCUGGUAUGCAAUAGGUGCUCAAUGAAGGCUUUUUGAAUUGAAUGAGGAACAAGAAGAAUGAAAAGAAAAGGGAAGAAGGGAGAAGGUUUGGAGUUAUGGGAGGGGGCAAUAACUUGUGAGGGAAGGAUGAAUAAAGAUAGGAACUAGCGGGAGACAUAGCUAGUGAUCAUAAAGGUAGGGGAAGAAUUUGAAGAAAAGAGGCUGCCUCAAAGAGAGUAAUGACAUUGGAAGUGGAGAAAAUUACUAUUGACUUCUGACGUUCAGGCUAUUAGCCCCGGCCCGUCACCAACCUUGAAGGCCCACCUCCCCAGAGGUCCUUCCGACCCAUGCUGCUUCCCAGUUCUUGUCAGUUGACUGUUUUCCUCUCCAGCCCUUUAGAGCCUACGAGGGCCAUGAGUGAGCUCAAGGACUGCCCGCUGCAGUUCCAUGACUUCAAGUCGGUGGACCACUUGAAGGUAUGCCCUCGCUAUACAGCGGUGCUGGCCCGCUCAGAAGACGAUGGCAUCGGCAUUGAGGAGCUUGACACCCUGCAGCUGGAGCUGGAGAACCUGCUUUCUUCAGCCAGCCGGCGUCUUCGGGUGCUGGAGGCCGAGACCCAGAUCCUGACUGACUGGCAGGAUAAGAAGGGUGACCGACGAUUCCUGAAGUUGGGCCGGGACAAUGAACUGGGAGCCCCUGCGAAACAUGGCAAACCCAAAAAGCAGAAGCUGGAAGGAAAGGCAGGUCACGGGCCUGGUCCUGGCCCUGGCCGGCCCAAGUCCAAGAACCUCCAGCCCAAGAUCCAAGAAUAUGAAUUCACAGAUGACCCCAUUGAUGUGCCACGGAUUCCCAAGAAUGAUGCUCCUAACAGGCGAGGGGACUGUCUGUGCUCAGGGCCAGGCUCUGCUCCCAGGUUCUGGGCUUCCGUGGAGCCGUAUUGUGCCGACAUCACCAGUGAGGAAGUACGAACGCUGGAAGAGCUGCUGAAGCCCCCAGAAGAUGAGGCUGAGCAUUACAAGAUCCCACCCCUGGGGAAGCACUAUUCCCAACGCUGGGCCCAGGAGGAUUUACUGGAAGAACAGAAGGACGGAGCCCGGGCAGCAGCCGUAGCCGACAAGAAGAAGGGCAUUAUGGGACCACUGACCGAACUGGACACUAAAGAUGUGGACGCGCUCCUUAAGAAGUCAGAGGCCCAGCAUGAGCAGCCUGAAGACGGGUGUCCCUUUGGCCCUCUGACUCAACGGCUCUUACAGGCUUUGGUGGAGGAAAACAUCAUCUCCCCCAUGGAAGAUUCCCCUAUCCCAGAUGUGUCUGGCAAGGAGUCUGGAGCCGAUGGUGCCAGUACCUCCCCUCGAAAUCAGAACAAGCCAUUCAGUGUCCCCCAUACCAAGUCUCUGGAGGGGCGAAUCAAGGAGGAGCUGAUAGCCCAGGGCCUGCUGGAGUCGGAAGACAGGCCUGCCGAAGACUCGGAGGACGAGGUCCUGGCUGAGCUGCGGAAGCGGCAGGCUGAACUGAAGGCGCUCAGCGCCCACAACCGAACCAAGAAGCAUGAUCUCCUGAGGCUGGCCAAAGAGGAAGUGAAUCGCCAGGAGCUGAGGCAGCGGGUACGCAUGGCAGACAAUGAAGUCAUGGACGCCUUCCGGAAAAUCAUGGCUGCCCGACAGAAGAAGAGGACCCCGACCAAGAAGGAGAAGGACCAGGCCUGGAAGACGCUGAAGGAGCGGGAGAGCAUCCUCAAACUUCUGGACGGAUAGUCAUCCCAGCCCGCAGUUCUUCUCGUUCUCCCGGAUGUUAGUGCCUAGAGGAAUGGGAAGAGCCUGCUGGCUUCCUCUGGCAGAAUGGACGGGAGCUGCUCUGCUGGCUGCCCCUCUUCACCGGACAUUUUAGACAAUGCCCAGCCGGGGAGCAGGAGGGCUCGGCUGGGCCAGAGCUGGCCCCAGGCUGCGCUUGGCUCCACAUGACAGAUCGGUGUCUCGGCCUAAGCUUCUCUUCUUCCCUGUGUCUGGCUGUUGUCCCUUCUUCCCUCUCUUUUCUUUCAAGGACUUUGACCCUGUGUUUUUCUGAAGUGUGAACUUUAGAGUAAACAGACUGCUCUGAUUUUUAAGAAUAUAAUACAAGUCCCAGUGUCAUCUCUUGCAGUAGAGAGAAGGAACCCACUUGGGAGGGCUGGGGUAAGGAAGCAACAGUCAGUUAUGGGUAAUCAUGAAGACCCAGAGCCUUCCUGAUGUGAGCAUUUCUUGUGUGCCUAGAGAUGUGUUGGGUGCUAUGGGGGAUACAAAAGAAGGAGAAAUCAUGGUCUUUGGCCCUAAGGAGCUCUCCAUAUUCUUGAGGAUAUAAGACUUAAUUGUGUGAAAAAUUAGACAAUGAAACAGUGCAGAAUAUACUCAGGUACUCGGGUCUAGCCUAGAAGUUGGGAUUAUUUGAGAAAAGUAUAAGCCAAAGGGGUUGGCAAAAGCAAAAGCUUGGUGAUUUAGGUGGUCCAGGUUAAGUUAAAUUAAGUCCACUGGGCUUAGCAUUAUCUUUCCAGCUUGAAGAUCCACAUUGGCCAGAAAUCACUCUGUUGUUAACAAUAAGGCAUGGGGGAAGAACUAGGGGAGAAGGAGGUCAAGGAAAGGGAAAAUGGAAGUCCCCUAGGUACUAUGGGAGGGAAACAAGAUUGUUCCUUUAUUGGCAAGUUAGUACAAGGAGGGAUUGGUAUGUUCCUCAGUUUCCUAGUCAAAAUUUAAAAUAUAUUUUCUCAAACAGUG